AUGUUACGAGUGGGUUGCAACGUUGUACAUGAGUUCACGAUACAAAACGUCAUGUUGUGGUUGCAGCCCAGUAGUGGACUGUUAAUGAGUGCACAAGUGGAACGGAUCCUCACGGUGAAUACUAAAGCUAGGGUAUUGGCAUUUCUGGUGGGCCCUCUGACAUGGGUGAUGCAGCUGUUGAAUUGGAUAGAGUACACUAUUUCGUCUAGUCCC